AUGUCUCUCCUUCUCCCUGCUAAUUUACAACAAUGCCCUUCCCCCUCCCUCUCGCCGUCAACUCCACUCUUCUCCCCGUCACCUCCCACCGCUUUCUCCUUCCUCGACUCUCGCCUGAGAUGCCUCAGAUUGGUUACUUCCUGCGUCGCCUCCGUCCAAAGCACUGUGGCUAAUGGUUCAGCUCCAGCUCCUGUUGUCGUGGAGCGAGAGCAGAUUCGUCUUGGUCUUCCUAGUAAAGGACGCAUGGCUGCCGACUCCAUCGAUCUUCUCAAGGACUGUCAACUUUUUGUCAAACAAGUCAAUCCUAGGCAAUACGUUGCACAAAUUCCCCAGUUACCAAACACUGAAGUCUGGUUUCAACGGCCAAAAGACAUUGUCAGGAAGUUACUCUCAGGAGAUCUGGAUCUAGGUAUCGUCGGUCUUGACACACUUAGUGAAUAUGGUCAGGAAAAUGAAGAUCUUAUUAUUGUCCACGAAGCUCUCAACUUUGGAGACUGUCAUCUGUCCAUUGCGAUACCCAACUAUGGGAUUUAUGAGAACAUAAACUCUCUGAAGGAGCUAGCAGAAAUGCCACAGUGGAGCGAGGAGAGACCAUUGCGUGUUGCUACUGGCUUCACUUAUCUCGGCCCCAAAUUUAUGGAAGAAAACGGCAUAAAGCAUGUAACGUUUUCAACUGCAGACGGAGCCCUGGAGGCAGCUCCAGCGAUGGGGAUAGCUGAUUGCAUUUUGGACCUUGUGAGUAGUGGGACAACACUCAAAGAGAACAACUUAAAAGAGAUUGAAGGAGGGGUAGUGCUGGAAAGUCAGGCGGCACUUGUGGCAAGCAGAAGAGCAUUAACCGAGAGAAAAGGAGCAUUAAACACUGUACACGAGAUUCUCGAGAGAUUGGAGGCCCAUCUUAAGGCUGAUGGCCAAUUCACCGUUGUUGCAAAUAUGAGAGGAAAUAGUGCUCAAGAAGUAGCUGAGCGUGUGUUGAGUCAACCAUCACUGUCAGGAUUGCAGGGACCUACAAUAAGCCCAGUUUACUGUAAACAAGAUGGAAAAGUAUCAAUUGACUACUAUGCCAUAGUGAUCUGUGUGCCGAAAAAGGCCUUAUACGAGUCUGUGAAGCAACUAAGAGCGGUUGGAGGCAGUGGAGUAUUAAUUUCACCUCUUACCUACAUAUUUGAUGAGGAUACUCCAAGAUGGGGCCAACUCCUGAGAAACCUCAAGCUUAAAAUGUAA